AUGUCUCAAAUUAUAUUGGCAAUUGCUAAAACUGAAGCAAAUAAGAUAAAACCAAAAAACCAAAGAAGUAACUAUGAAAAUGAAUUAUUUUUAAACUUUAUUCAAAAAAGUGAAAGUCUUAAUAAUAAUUAUGCCAAUUUA